UUUAAAUUNGGCCAGUACAACAUUGUUCACGGAGACAGUAGUGGUAGCCAGUACAACAUUGUUCACGGAGACAGUAGUGGUAGCCAGUACAACAUUGUUCACGGAGACAGUAGUGGUAGCCAGUACAACAUUGUUCACGGAGACAGUAGUGGUAGCCAGUACAACAUUGUUCACGGAGACAGUAGUGGUAGCCAGUACAACAUUGUUCACGGAGACAGUAGUGGUAGCCAGUACAACAUUGUUCACGGAGACAGUAGUGGUAGCCAGUACAACAUUGUUCACGGAGACAGUAGUGGUAGCCAGUACAACAUUGUUCACGGAGACAGUAGUGGUAGCCAGUACAACAUUGUUCACGGAGACAGUAGUGGUAGCCAGUACAACAUUGUUCACGGAGACAGUAGUGGUAGCCAGUACAACAUUGUUCACGGAGACAGUAGUGGUAGCCAGUACAACAUUGUUCACGGAGACAGUAGUGGUAGCCAGUACAACAUUGUUCACGGAGACAGUAGUGGUAGCCAGUACAACAUUGUUCACGGAGACAGUAGUGGUAGCCAGUACAACAUUGUUCACGGAGACAGUAGUGGUAGCCAGUACAACAUUGUUCACGGAGACAGUAGUGGUAGCCAGUACAACAUUGUUCACGGAGACAGUAGUGGUAGCCAGUACAACAUUGUUCACGGAGACAGUAGUGGUAGCCAGUACAACAUUGUUCACGGAGACAGUAGUGGUAGCCAGUACAACAUUGUUCACGGAGACAGUAGUGGUAGCCAGUACAACAUUGUUCACGGAGACAGUAGUGGUAGCCAGUACAACAUUGUUCACGGAGACAGUAGUGGUAGCCAGUACAACAUUGUUCACGGAGACAGUAGUGGUAGCCAGUACAACAUUGUUCACGGAGACAGUAGUGGUAGCCAGUACAACAUUGUUCACGGAGACAGUAGUGGUAGCCAGUACAACAUUGUUCACGGAGACAGUAGUGGUAGCCAGUACAACAUUGUUCACGGAGACAGUAGUGGUAGCCAGUACAACAUUGUUCACGGAGACAGUAGUGGUAGCCAGUACAACAUUGUUCACGGAGACAGUAGUGGUAGCCAGUACAACAUUGUUCACGGAGACAGUAGUGGUAGCCAGUACAACAUUGUUCACGGAGACAGUAGUGGUAGCCAGUACAACAUUGUUCACGGAGACAGUAGUGGUAGCCAGUACAACAUUGUUCACGGAGACAGUAGUGGUAGCCAGUACAACAUUGUUCACGGAGACAGUAGUGGUAGCCAGUACAACAUUGUUCACGGAGACA